CGCGAUACAAGACAAGUGGUUUGUUUACAUCGGUGAAGGAAUGAGGAGCUCUACGCAGACAUGUCCCUGGCCCUGUAAAAUACGGUUUCACAUCACGUUACGUCACUAUGUUGAUAAGCCCGGAUCAGGAAGCCCUGAUUGGCCGAGUGUUUGAAAGCUACCUGACAGAGCAUCACCAUGGCGACAUCCUCCACCUACUCGCUGACUCUGAUGAAGAGACCCAUCGCGCUGUGGUUGUUAACGCCAUGACUUUGUUUGAAGCCAAUAUGGAGGUUGGGGAUUAUUUCAACGCCUAUCCCAAUGAUGUCCUGGCUAUAUUUGAUAAAGUGCUGCAAAAAACAGCCGUGGAGUUAUCAGAGAGAGCCUCUCCAAAGCAGCGAGCCAAAGAGGGAAUGACACACACUCUUCACGCCCGCAUCACAGGUCUCCCGGUGUGUCCAGAGCUGACCAGAGACACUAUUCCCAGGUCUAGAGACGUGGGACACUUUCUGUCUGUCACUGGGACUGUCAUACGCACCAGUGUUGCCAAGGUUCUGGAGUACGAGCGUGAUUACAUGUGCUCCAAGUGUCGCCACGUCUUCACGGCGCAGGCAGAUUUUGACCAGUUCUACACCUUUGUGCCGCCGUCGGCCUGUCCCAGUCCUGAUGGAUGUGAAUCGUUCAAAUUCAUGUGUCUGUCCGGCGGGUCAGAGCCGGCCGUCUGCAGGGACUUCCAGGAGAUCAAGAUCCAAGAGCAGGUGCAGAGGCUGUCGGUGGGCAGUAUCCCUCGGUCCGUGGUGGUGGUUCUGGAGGAUGACCUUGUAGACAGUUGUAAAUCUGGAGACGAUGUGACGGUUUACGGGGUGAUGUGUCAGCGCUGGAAGCCCUUCUAUGAUGCGGCCCGCUGUGAUGUGGAGCUGGUGCUCAAAGCUAACAACAUCGAGGUGAACAACCAGCAGGCAUCCAAUGCUCUGCUCAUGAAGGACGUUCAGAAAGAGUUUGAAGACUUCUGGAAAAACUACCAACAUGAUCCCAUAGCCGGAAGGAAUCAGGUCUUGUUGAGUCUGUGCCCGCAGGUGUUUGGCAUGUACGUGAUUAAGCUGGCGGUUGCCAUGGUGUUGGCUGGCGGAGUGCAGAGGAUAGAUUCUUCUGGAACAAAGAUCAGAGGGGAGUGUCACUUGUUGCUGGUGGGCGACCCCGGUACAGGGAAGUCUCAGUUCCUGAAGUACGCCGCUAAGAUCAUGCCUCGCUCCGUGCUCACUGCUGGCAUUGGAUCAACAAGUGCAGGACUGACUGUGGCAGCGGUGAAGGAUGGAGGAGAAUGGCACCUGGAAGCUGGAGCCCUGGUGCUGUCGGACGGAGGUUUGUGCUGCAUCGAUGAGUUCAACAGCAUCAAGGAACAUGACCGCAUCAGCAUCCACGAGGCUAUGGAGCAGCAGUCUAUCAGUGUGGCCAAAGCUGGCAUAGUGUGUAAGCUGAACACUCGGACCAGCAUCCUGGCAGCGACCAACCCUAAGGGGCGCUACGACCCCAACGAGCCGCUGUCAGUGAACGUGGCGCUGGCCAGCCCGCUGCUCAGCCGCUUCGACCUGGUGCUGGUUCUGCUGGACACCAGGAACCCAGAGUGGGACCGCGUCAUCUCCUCUUUCAUUCUGGAGGAGAAAGGUGUUCCUGCUGAGGGGGCCAGUCUGUGGUCCAUGGAGAAGAUCAAGGCUUAUUUCUGUGUGAUUAAGCGCUUACAGCCGCAGAUGUCCGAGGACGCUAACAUCAUCCUGACGCGUUACUACCAGCUGCAGAGACAGAGCGACGGCCGCAACGCCGCUCGCACCACCAUCCGCAUGCUGGAGAGCCUCAGCAGGCUGGCAGAAGCCCACGCCAAGCUCAUGUUCAGAGAGACGGUCACCAUCGAGGACGCUGUCAUGGCCGUCUCUGUCAUGGAGUGCUCCAUGCAGGGCGGUGCUCUGCUGGGAAACGUCAACGCGUUGCUCACCUCGUUCCCCGACUCCCCCACGCAGCAGUAUCAGGUCCAGAGUCAGGUCCUGCUGGAGGGGCUGAACCUGCACCUGCUGUUCCAGAAGGAGAGCCACAGACUGGCCAGGCUGAAUAGCAACACCUCCCAGGCCUCCCAGUUUGAUCCUCCAACUGAUAAUGACCGACAACAACUCAAAGACACAAACUCCAUGAACAAAACACACUGCCAUGACACCACCAGUAACCAGGAUGAUGUCACGGGGGAAACUGGCUUGGACUGGUUCCACUCCAUCGCGUCAUCAUCGUCGCCAGAUGGCACGUCCUCGGCCAUAAUAACAUCCACUCAAGGAAUCCCAAACAGAAAACCCAACUCCAGCUGGUCAGACAUGUCCACAGUCAGCAAAGAGACCAACUGUCAAACUGAGGAGGUCAUUCAGAGUAACGCUGACUCAUCAUUACAUCAGGAUGCUGAUUCAAAUCCUUCAGAAACAAAUACCUCUGCUUCAACAGAAAAACACGAGGAGUCGUUGGGGUGUGUGUUUCAGAAAGUGUCCAAGAAUCUGAGAAUCAAAAGAAGGGCGCUGGAGCUGAGUCAUCGUCAGGGUGACGAAGAGGGAGGGGGGUGUGUAGGGAGGGUGGUGUCUGGAGAUGUGACUGGACAUGUGACUGAUACCACUUCUGAUUCCCACACAGCCGCAACACCGUCCUCACGUAAGAACUGCCCCUCAAAACACGUAGUUCAGGACAACCUGUCAAAGGACAAAAGUGACCGGACUGUGAGUCAAAACAUCAGUACUGUACUGAAGGAAAAGAUGGCGGCUGAAGCUGGAGCAGGUGAAGAUCUGCAUGCAAAGUUCUCAGGUUUUACAUUCAAACCAAGAAAGAUGGUUCCAAAUCGUAACACAGUCUCCAACGUUGACAUGGAGUUCCACAGCUCCUGUAACCCAGGCCUCAGAGAUCUCCACACAAACACAGAGAGCAGCAAAAGCAAGCAGAAGCCAGAAACUACUGAUGACCCAGAGAAGAAGAAAAGACAGAACCAAAGUCUUUCUGAAGAUGGGAGCAGGAGACAACAGGAAAGAAGUAAGGCGAGGGAAAGAGUGUCUGCAGAGCAAAGGUCGAGAGUUGGCAGUAGUAAUGAGACUAAAGUAGGUAGCUUCGCUUGCUCCACACCUUUAAAGCCAAGCUCUUGCAUCGACGAUCCGGAAACUUCCGAAUCAGGACAAAACAAGUCCACUGUGGCCUCUUCCACCCUGGCUAAACUCUCACGAUUCUCCUUCUCCUGCGCAACUGAACCCACAAACACAACCCAAACUGAUCUGGGAAAAGGUUCUGCUACUAGAGAAGACACAAGUCCAGAAGCUGAGGAACAUUCUAGAGGAAAUGUCCCCGAACACAGUGCUUUACUAAGGAAGAUAACAACUGUAGUAAACGCGAAAAACGUAAAGGGCAUUUCCCCAACCCCAUCAGGACAGGGACAUGGACAGGGGACGGAUCAAACCAAGCUCACUGAACAAAGCCGCGCUGCGAACCAUGUGACCGGCAGCCCUGGUGACGGUCACAGCAGCGCUAAUCUGAAGAAGAGGAAGUGUUUCCAGAUGGGCGGCACCAAGAGUCCGUUCUCAGGGCCGUCUCUGUUCGACCUCAGUAACGAUGUUCUCGACACUGACUGGGACCAAGAGGUGACAAAGAAAGCCAAAACAUGAAAUCAUAGGCUACUGUCACAAUGUGUCCGUUGGAUUAAAGAGGCCCUAUUAUGUGUGUUAUAGAGGUUUAUGUAAAUGUCUGCAAAUUAAAUAGAAUUAAAGAAAAAUAAUCAGGUAACGUACAAGUACCUCAAGAUUAUACUUAAAUUAAACAUCCUUUCUUGAUUUGCCAGAUUUGAACUGUUAUAGGAAAAGUGCCUUUUACUUAAUCUGGAUUUGAUUAAGGUGUUUGGGUAGCUGCAGAAUUAGCUAUGGUAAUUAGCCUUUAAGCGUUGCAGUAAGUAACAUUCAUGACCUAAUAGACCACGAUUACUCGAGUUCAUUUACGAAAAACCAAUAAAAAACAGUUUUCCAAGUUUUGAGUUAUGGAGGUCGAGUUAUUUUCUUUUUAAUUGAGAUUACAAUUGAUUCAUUCUGUCACACUGCGAUGAAGCGCACACACUCCCUCACUAACAUUUUGGCUUAACAAUUUGUUUGUUAAGAAAGGUAGUACAUGUUUCUUCAGAGUUGUCUUUAUUUCAGUUAAAGUUAUAAAAACAGUUUACCUAGAAAAACUAGUAAAGGGCAUCUAGAUUAAUUUGUCAGUCUGUAAAACACACAAUCACAAAGUAAUCACCAUUUCCUU